AUGCUGGAAGGGCAUAAAGAGAGUGAGCAGGUGAGGCUGCAGGGACCAGAGCUCAGUGCUGCUGAACUGAAGGAUGCAUACAGAGUCCCCGGCAUGAUGGAAGUGCUGAGGGAAUUCACAGUGGAUGAGACUCUGGAUCCAGACACGGCAAAUCCCAACCUCGUCCUGUCUGAGGAUCAGAAAAGUGUGAGACUCGGAGACAAACGACAGGAUCUGCCCAACAAUCCUGAGAGAUUUGAUACAGGCCCCAAUGUCUUGGGUUCUGAGGGGUUCAGCGGGAAGCGUUACUGGGAGGUGGAGGUGGGAGACAAGCCUGAGUGGGCUCUUGGGGUUUGCAGGGAAUCUGUGAGCAGGAAGGGGAAGGUCUUCCUCUCCCCUGAGGAUGGAUACUGGGCUGUGUGGCUGAGGGGUAAGAAAUACGAGGCUCUUAUCAAUCCCUUGAGCCUCCUCCCCGUGAGCAUCAGGCCCGGCCGAGUGGGGAUUUUCCUGGACUAUGAGGCGGGCGAGGUCUCGUUUGACAAUGUGACUGACAGGUCCCAUCUCUUCACUUUCACUGGCACCUUCUCCGGGACGCUCUGCCCUUAUUUCUGUCCUGGUCUCAACACUGGGGGUGAAAACGCGGCUCCCCUGAUCAUCUGCCCGGUGAUCAUCCAGCUCAGGCCAGAGGGAAUCUCUGUCCCUGACAGUGACACCUGCGGCAGAGACUGGUCCCUCCCAGCGCUGACCAGCCCCCAAGUCUAUUCUCCUGGGGAUGGCCUAAAGGGCAUCAUCUGCCUGCCCCCUCCACUCCCUCCGCUCUCAGUUCCCAGCACCAGGCUUGUGAGCUGGGGGAGGGGAGAGAGACGCUCUUCUCACCCUGACAGGCUGCAGAAUAACAUCCACAUUUUGCUUCAGGACCUCACAUCCCCUGAAGAGACAGGAAGGGAAAUGGCUGCAGAGGAGCCGGUGACUUUUGAGGAGGUGUCUGUGUAUUUCACCGAGGGGGAAUGGACUCUGCUGGACCCCGGUCAGAGAGCCCUCUACAGGGACGCCAUGCUGGAGAAUUCUGAGAUUGUGACCUUGCUGGGCUGCAGAAUCACAUCCAUGUUUCACUGGAGAUCAUCCCAUCUUCCCAGGGGACAGGGACAGGAAAUGGCUGCAGGGGAGCCGGUGACCUUUGAGGAGGUGGCUGUGUAUUUCACGGAGGAAGAAUGGGCCCUGAUGGAUCCAGGUCAGAGAGCCCUCUACAGGGUCAUCAUGUGGGAGAAUUUUGAGAGUGUGACCUCACUGGAACAAAAUGAGGAGAAAAAGAGGGAAGAUGGAAUAAAAAUUUAA